AUGACGCAUUGUGACGCAAGAAGGUCGAGCGAAGACCUCAGUCGACCCCGCCUCAUUGCCUCCGAGUCCUCUUUUGUAAGCGUCAAAUCUCAACGUAGAUAUAAAUUGGAGAGAAGUUCCCUCAUCAUCGUCUCCUCCUCAACCUUACCACCUACCCCUGCGUCACCCAGCAGGACCGACCGACAUUGCUAUAAUUCGCGCACAUCUAAUGAGACAUGUAGCCCGACUGGAGAGGACAUGAAGGCCAGCUUGCGAAGAGCGGUGAAGGGAAGUUCCCACGCCUCCCUCAGGGUGAAAGUAACUCAUCUCUUACCCAACAUGCAGAUCUGCCUCAGUCAUUACGGCCCUCCAUACUACACCGCUGAUCCUCAGCGUCUGUUUGGCCUGAGGUCGGCUCCCAGGAAAGAGUCUCUCGGAGUCGCUCAGCUAAGUGUCAACAGUCGUCUGUCGUGGAUAACGCCUCCUGAGGUGCGCCUUAUACAUCUCUCCACUUGA